GUGAUUUGUUUUGAAUGUUUCUAGACAUAUGCCUAAUAUGUUAGACCGGUGGUAAAUUUUUAACGUGGUUUUUGUUUUUCAUAUUGUUCGGCUUUAGGUCAGUUUUGGGAGAUGGCGAAGUUUUUAUCAUAUUUCAAUUUAUCAAGGAUCAACGAUUCGAAGGAUUUCCUGGGCACAUCACCAGAUCGCGAGAAAGGAAGUGUAAUUGUCACAUUAAGCCGGAAUAUAGUUAUAGUCGUAAAGAUUUCCUCACAACAGCAAAUUUGUAGUUGGUCAACUCAAGAAAAACUUUCGACUAAUGUCAUUUUUGACAAUAUAAGUAAUAAGUAUGUAGGAGUUUUCGGUAAUCGUUUUAUUCGCUGUUGGGAUGCCUCUGUCACUGACAUAAAUACUAUAAAAAAAAUAAAGUUACAGAAAUCCGUACUUGGAAUUAUCCCUAGUGGAAAUGGAGCUUUGAUUCUUUAUACUGAUGGCGCCUGGGAUCAACUUUCUGAAGCAAUUUCUACACGAAGAGAGUCAUCUUUGGUACCUAAUUUUAUGGACACCACUCAUUUGAAGUGUGCUGAUGUUGAAGACAUUAAUAUAAAAUGUCAGGUUAAUGGCACGCAAGUUUUAACAUAUUUUGCAAAAGCCGAAGAUAGCAAAGAAAGGAAUCUUGUAUUAUUGCCAUUAAAAGUUGGUAGCCAACAAAAAAUUGUAAAAAUUAGACGUAAAGAGAUGACCGUAAACUUAUCUGGAUAUGCAAUAGUUGAAGGCGAUAAUAAUUUUAUGCUGUUAACGAUAUGGUCAGACCAAAGGCUGUUUUUGUUAAACCUAGAUGAAAACUUGGAAUCGGAAAAAUCGCCUGGAAAUUUUGUGUCUAUUAUGUCCACUCUUAAAGUGGAUACACCAUUAUCUAUUCUAGGAAUAGCUAAAAAUUGCGUGGCAAUUUAUGGAGCGAACAGUAAUCAAGAAGGCGCCUCACUACUACUUUACAACACACAAUUUAAAGUCGUUAAAGCACAACAAUUUUUCAAAGUAUACUUUGAUUGGUCACGAAUUUGGAGCAUCGAUGAAAACAUUAUAAUAGCUAUGGGGCAAAACUUAUCUGUAGUAACAUACCGCAUGUCGCAGGAACUUUUAGUAGAUCUACUAGGAACUUAUGAUAGUGAAAACCAUAUAGGAAUUGAAGGAGAUCUUAUAAAUGAAGAGGACUACCUUCAAUCACUCUGUUCAUUUCCAGAAACUUCUUUUGAGUUCCAAAAAGAAUAUGUAAAUUUUCAAGACCAUUUACCGAACAAAGAUUUUUAUAAUGAUUCAAAGUUUAAGAAAAAGUUUCGUAAAUAUAAUUGCUUAGGAGAGCAGAAUCAAGUUUUCAUAAAAGCUGAUCAGGAAAAAUCAUUCUUGGAUGACAGUAUUGCUAUAGUUGAGACACCCUUAGAAUCACAGCUGAUAAAUAAAACACUUUUUGAGUUCUACGUGCGUCAAUACGAAAAUUGUGGAGCUACUGAACAAGAGAUUUCCGAGAAAUUACACUUUCUCUUGUCAAAAAUAAAUUAUUCAUCAAAAAUUAUGAGUAUCACAAGUCGCUUUUCAACUGCACCUGAAUCAAUAUUUGCCAAGGCCUUUUUUUCAAUGCUUAUAAAAAGUUGUUCCAAAAAGUUAAACCCCAAAGAUUAUGCAUCAAAUAAUUUGACAAUUUGUGGCCAUAAAGCAAUUUUUAAACCAUUUAGAAAAAUGGCAUUAAUCGAGCAAUUUCAAAAUGAUUUAAGUUCAUUUGGGUUAUUACAUAUUUUGGACUAUUUUUAUGAACUAUUAACUGAACCCCUAUCUACUGAACCAUCUUGUUCUGAUACGUGCUAUAUAAAACUAGAAAUGCAAAUUAUUUAUUGGUUCGAUCUUAUAUUGAAUGCGUGUUUUCAACAUUUGGUGCUAUCAAAAGACAUUAGAGUACUAAACAUGCUUUCGAAAUGGACCGAAUUAGUUUCAGCGUAUAGAAAUCAAAUAAAAAAACUGGAAGAUUUAUUGAUAAUGCUUUAUAAUCUUGUCCAAAAAGAGCAUAUUAUAGGAAAUUCAAACACCUCCAUGUGGUACUGCAUCGAAGAGUUAAGUUUUUGAGACUAACACCCUAAUGAUUUGGCAACAAGAAAAUAAUUAUACUUAUUUAAACAAGUAUAUUUUAUUUAAGAAAAUAGUUUUAUUCGUUAACAUAGCUGUAAAUAAAAGUUCAAAAUUCGAAUUACAAGUUAAAAAAACACUUCAAAUCAUGUAACCAAAAAAGCUGGGAUGGCGUUGUGAGGGAGCUAAUUCAUUGGAUACCAUAACUGAAGCAAGCGCAUAGAAUGUCGAAAUGAAAUUUGGUGGUGUUUGCGAAGAAGUUUUGACAAUAAAUAACGAAAACACAGUUAGUAGCUAAAUGGCGGGACUACUAAUUUGGGUUAGCUUUUCAUUAUCGCCGCACAAGUUUAGCUUAUAACGUCUAAAGGCCGUGGCAGAUAAAACUUUUGUUUCGUGUAGGGUUACAGAUUCGCUUUGACAGCUAAAUGUACGAUUUUAUACGACAUGUGACAUGUAUGUAUAAAGCAUUUUCAACUUAGCGCGAAGCAAAAAUAUGGGUAACUCCCAUUUGGUUUAAUUUUCGCUUUAUUUGCCAAUUUUGAGC